AUAUGGGGCUCGAUCCCACAACUCUGAGAUCAUGACCUGAGUUGAAAUGGAGUAUCCCAUGCUUAACCCACUGAGCCACCCGGGCACCCCACAGACUUUAUUUUUUAGAGCAGCUUUAGCUCCACAGCAAAAUGGGGCAGGAAGCACAUCCCUUUUUAACAGCCAUUUACGAUACAAUUGAAAUGUACCCAAACACCCCGAAGCCUUAAUUCUUUUCUGUAAGAAGGCUGUUUUGAUGUUCACUUAACUAGCUCUCUCUGGGGAUCGAGACCUGGGUACAAUUACAGUAUCAUUUACAAUUGCAUCCUCACAUUUUUCUCAAGGGACCACAGGCCGCGGGGCAGGUCGGCCCUAGGGAGCCCCUGCCCCCCGGGGUUCCUGUGCUAACAGGAGUAGACAAGUGUAAGUUUGCCUUUCCUGCCCUUCAGAGCCUCUCACCACGUGGGGUCUCUCCUAACUCUCUGAUCCGGGGGACUGCUUUGCGGCGGAGGUGCGAGCGGACCCAUGACCGUGGGACCCCACCGGUAGCUGCAAGCUGGAGGCAGCCGCUGCGCAUCAGAGACCUGGACGCGACACUGUGUCCCCAGUGAGAAACAUGCACAGGUGCAGCCUCUGCAGCUCGGGGCCCGCCUCCCCGCUAGACUCGGGCUGUCCCGGACACAGGUCGCACGCAGCGGGCGGGACGCACAGGAAGGACACCCAGGCUGGCGGUCCCAGAGAGCGUCCCGGGGAACGGGAGUCGGGCUCCCGCCACCGCCGGGGCCUCGCAGAGAGGGAGCGGGGCGCGAAGUCGCGGCCUCCUGGACUUGCUCCGGGUGGACACGACGGUGGGCGGCCUCGCAGCCCCUUCACGGGAGCGGAGCGGCCACGCCGAACUCCCAGCUAACGAGACGGCGGACGAAGCCUGACCGCCACGCUCGCUCCAAGGCCAUUCGAGGCACCGCUGCGGCCCCGGAGCUGGCGCCAGCGCACCCGCCCUACGCGCCCGCCGCCUUCCCACUGGGCAGCUAGGGCCUCUUUAAAAACCGACCAAUCACAGAGGGCUCCGAGGCCUCCGCGCUCCACCAUUGGUCCGGCUGGUAGGCGGAAUCGUCAUCCGGCCAAUGGGAGGCCAGCGGCUGGCAGGGGCGGAGCUCCGUCCGGGUCGCACCGCCCUGAUUGCGCGUGCGCGAGGGCAGGAACGCGACCCCUCCCCCCGCCCCAAUUGGCGGCGGGGCAGACGGCGCACGCCGGGGGCGGAGCUGGGCUCACGUCUGCGUGACAGUUGUCGCGGGGGGGAGGGCGAGCCCAGACUAGGGGGAGGGAGUGUAAAUAAAACGAAGGCGGCGGCGUGUCGAUCCCGUCACCGCUCGGGCGACCCGCGAGAAGCCCCGGAGGGAGAUGGAAGAAGAUGAGCAAGAGCAGCGGCGCAGAAAGGUGGAGGCCGGGAGAGCGAAGCUUGCUCACUUCCGACAGAGAAAAACAAAAGGUGACUGUGCGCAUCCGAAGAAAAAGACGGCGAAGAGGAAGGGCCCGGCUGUCGAUGCGCCUGUCCAGGAGGAGAGCCCGGUAGCCACCAAGGAUGGUGGACUCCUGGGAAGAGGGGACGUUUGCAAAGACGAGUCGUGCGGUGACACCCCCGAUGGGGCAGGAGCAGCGCAGGUGGAGGACCUCAGUGGAGAGAGGACAGGCCACUUGGAGCAGCCACAGCAGAAGCUGGAUGACAACCAUCUGGAGCAGCCUGGGGUUCUCACAGAGGACUACGAGCAAGAAUAUACGCUAGUAAUUGCGGAACUAAUGAGAAGACAGAAGGGUGAGUCCGGCACACAGCAGCAGGUGGCCAUGGAGCUCCAGCGGCUGACAGAGAUGCAGCAGAUGCAGCUGCAGACCCAGCAGGUGCCUUCCCUGGAGCUGGAGGCGCUGCGCCUGAGUCUGAGCAACAUGCACACGGCUCAGCUGGAGCUGACGCAGGCCAACCUCCAGAAGGAGAAGGAGACGGCGCUGACAGAGCUGCGGGCCAUGCUGAACGGUCGGCAUGCCCAGGAGCUGGCCCUGCUGCGGAGUAGGCAGCAGCAGGAGCUUGAGCUGACCAGGGAGCAGCACGCGCGGGAGCGGGAGGAGAUGGUGCAGCGCUGCAGCCGGGAGACAGCCGAGCUGAAGGAGAAGUUACAGGCAGAAAUGGAGAAAAACGCGAGGACGAUAGAGAACCUGAAGCAAGACUGGGAGUCGGAGAGAGGUUUAUGCUUAGAAAACCUACGCAGAGAAUUGUCUGCAAAGCAUCGGUUGGAAUUGGAGAAUUUACAAGACCAGUUUAAGAAAGAAUUGGCAGAACAGAAAGCUGAAUUGGAGAAGAUUUUUCAAGCCAAAAAUCAGGCUGAAUGUGCCCUGAGGACUCUGGAGACCCAACAGGAAGCAACCCUGCGACAGUUACGCGAAGACCUGCAGUCUGAGCGCGGUCAGUACGUGCGGGACUUGGAGCAGAGACUCCGAGACCAGGAGGCAGAAAAACAGAUGGAGUUAGAGAGCCUCCGGGCAUCCUACGCAGAGUUGAAGGCUCAGUCGCAAGAAGAGCUCCGGCGCCUUUGGUCUCAGCUUGAGUCUCCCACACCCGACGGACAGGACUCGAGUGAGUUCCACGACCAGCUCCCGGCCCUCACGCCUCACGGGGAAGAGCUAGAGCGCCUAAAGCGAGACUUCCAGCAGCAGCGGCAGCGAGAGAAAGCCAAGCACGAGUCUGAGCUGGAGCAGUUGAGAAUUUACUUUGAGAAGAAAUUAGAGGAGGCUGAGAAAAGCUACCAAGAAGACCUGAUUGUGUUACAGCAGCGGCUGCAGGUGAAUGAAGAGUCUCUUCUGGAGUCUGUGGAAAUCAGUCCACCCAGUGUGUCUUUAGAAGAGAGGUCUGAGGAAGAAAGAAGAGAACCCUGCGACGGACUCCGCCUUCAGCCUGAGUUAGAAGAAAACCACCGGUGCCAACGAGCAGCGUUGAAGUCCUCCCUGGAAGCCCGGCAGGAGGUGGGCCUCGUAGGGACCCAGGUGUUGGAAGGGGAGCAACGUGUAGGGCUCUCAGAAGGGCCUGGCGAAGAGCUUGCUCGGGUGCCUCUCCCGUGUGCACAGGAUACGGCCUUGGAGGUGGAGACAGAGGUGGCGGCCAGAGUCUUGGGUUUGGAAACUGAGCACAAGCUUAAACUCUCACUUCUUCAGACAGAGCUCAAGGAAGAAAUCGAUGUCUUAAAACUAGAAAAUAGAAAUUUACAUGAGAAGUUGCAGCAUGAAGUCCACCUGAAAGAGGACUUGGAGAGGGUAAAACAUAACUUGGUUGAAGAUCACCAGGAGGAGCUGAAGAAAGCCAAGGAGAAGUUACAGCUGAUGAAGCAAGAAUUCAAAGACAAAGAAGCAGAAUGGAAAGUGGCAAGUGAGAAUCUAAAGAAAAAAGCUGAAGAGGAACUCGCGCUGAUGCUCCUUGACCUGAAAGAACAAGCUGAAGCUGAGAAGCAGUCAAUAAUAAACAAGUUUGAGCUUCGAGAAGUCAAAAUGAGGCAACUUCAGGAUCAGCAGGCAGCCCAGAUCCUGGACCUGGAGGGGUCCCUGGUGGAGCAGCAGGGCCGGCUACAGCAGCUGGAGCUCGGGCUCGCAGGGGACGAGUGUCCACAGUGCAGCCAGUGUGGCCGGGAGCCGGGUGGUCGUCUGGCUCCCGCAGACCAGGCCUGGGAGCUCGCCGCACUCCGCCUGAAGGAGGACUGUGCCCUCCAGCUGAUGCAGGCACAGAACAGGUUUUUAAAAGAACGUAAAGAAAUCACAGAGAAAUUCACUGCGGAACAAGAUGCCGUCCUUCGGGAGGCCCAGGAGAAGCACGCCUGUGAGCUGCAUCUCCUCCAGGAGAGACACCAGCAGCACAUUCUGUCCUUGACGGCGGAGCUGGAGGCCCGGCACCAGGCCGAGGUGGAGGAGCUGCGGGCCUCUGUGGAGAGUGAGCAGCGGGCUCUUUCAGAGGCCCGUGUGGCUGAAUUGCAGACACAGCAUGCCGCGGCGGUCAGUGCUUUGGAGGCAAGACAUGCGUCACACCUGGAUUCCCUGGAAUCGCGUCGGCUGUCUGAGCUGCAGGCCAUGCGGGAGGGGCACAGGUGGGCUCUAGAGCAGCUGAGAGCGGACCUGGAGAAGCAGCUGCAGAGGAAGGGUGCUUUUCACCCCAGUGCUCUGACUCAGGGGCGACACGGGCAGGCUCUGAAACGUGGCCAGGAGCUCCCGCCUGCGGAGGAUGGCCUGAGGACGCAGAGGAGCGGGAAUCAGGGUGAGGGUGUGAAAGCCCUGGUACCCCCUGAGCUUCCGGGAGUGCAGCAGGGUGAAUUUGGAAGUGAAAAGAAGAAAGUUGCUUUGCAUGAAAAGGAGGAGACACAUAGGCUGGAGUGUGAGCAAGCACAGUCUCUUUACCAGAAAGAGAAAGAGUCUUUGUUUCUGCAGCUUCAGGAGAAGAAUAACCAAAUUCUGCAGCUGAAAGACCAGAUUUUACUCUUAAGUCACGAGGUGGAAGAGUGCCGUUCCGAACUGGAGAAGCUACAGCAAAGACGUGAAAGGGAAAACCAGGAAGGCACCAAUCUCAUCUCGAUGCUCAAGUCUGACAUGGACCUGUCUGCCCGCGAAAGGAGAGCGCUCCAAGAUGCUCUGCGGAGGCUGCUCAGUUUAUUUGGAGAAAUGCUCAAGGCUGCCAUCACCCUGAAGAGCCGGAUCGGUGAGCGCGUGGGGCUCUGUCUGGAGGACGAGGGCCUGCCUGAUGCGCAGCCCAGUGGCCAGGCCCUGUCUGCAGUACCAGUGCUUGAUGAGAUGUGGCCUGGGUCCGAGGCAGCCCUGUUGGAGCUGGACAAAACUUUGUCUGAAUUUGUGGAGAUGUCUUCAGACGCUGAAAUUAGCAGUCAUAUCUGUGAAAGCUUUUUCAUGAGCCCAGAAAGUUCGCUGGAGUGUGAGCAGCCAAUUAGGAGAAUUUACCGGAGCCUUGGCCUGGCGGUGGAUGGCCUGCUGGAGCUGGCUCUGGACUCCACCAGGCAGCUGGAGGAAGCACGUCAGAUUCAUUCUCGUUUUGAGAAGGAAUUUACCUAUAAGAACGAGGAGACCGCGCAGGUUGUUAGAAAGCACCAGGAGUUACUGGAGCGCCUGGAUGAGGAGAACAUGGCCCGCACGCGGCUGACGCUGGAGCUGCACCAGGCGCAGGGCAUCAUCGAAGGGUUCAAGGUGGAGAAGGCCAGCCUGCAGGAGGCUCUGGGCCAGAAGGAGACGGCCGAGCGGAGCCUCGCUGUCGAGCUGGAGAGCCUGAGGCAGCAGCUGGAGCGGGCGACCCAGCAGCAGGCAGAGCUGAAGGAGGAGAACUCUGCCCUGUGGACCCAAAAGGAGGCCUUGGCCGCAGAAGCGGAAGAGAGAGAAGCUGGCACUCCUGUUCCCAUAGCACACGAGGACUCAGCUCUUCGUAGGGAAGUGGAAUGUCUGACCCAGGAGCAGUCGGAGGCCAGGAAGCAGUCCGAGAGAGACCGCGCAGCUCUGCUUUCCCAGAUGAAGGUUUUCGAGGCUGAGCUGGAGGAACAGCUGUCCCGGCAUGAAGCGUGUGCCAAGCAGGCUGAGGAGCUCUCUUCGCUGAAGCAGCAGAUGGUGGCUCUGGACAAGCACCUGCGGAGCCAGCGCCAGUUCAUGGACGAGCAGGCUGUUGACAGGGAGCACGAGCGGGAGGAGUUCCAGCAGGAGAUCCAGAGGCUGGAGGAGCAGCUCCGACAGGCGACCCGGCCACGGCCCCAGGGCCCCUGCGUCCACGACCAGGAGCCACUGUAUGAGCAGGUUGAAUUGUUACAAGAACAGUUGAGAGAGAAAUCAGAUGGGUUUAAUGAGUUGGUUAUAAAGAAAGAGUUGGCGGACAGAAAAAUGUUAAUCCAGGAAGAGGAAAUCAAACGUCUGGAGGAGACGAAUGUCAGCUGCAGAAGAGAGGCGGCCCAGCUGCGGGAGGAGCUGGAGAAGCAGAGGGACGCCGUGAAAGCCUUGCAGCAGGAUAAAGAGGUAUUACGGGAGCAGCAGAUGAGUAACUUGCUGCUGGUGUCCACACUGCAGUCUAAACUCAAUGAGGGCAGAUGCCCUGUGCCUCCUGCAGGCAGCUGUCCUGAGGGCCCGGAAGCCCUGCUGGAGGCGGCGCAGAAGGUGCUCCAGCAGCGGGACAGCGAGGUUUUGGACUUAAAAGAACAAUUAGGAAAGAUUAAAGAUGACUUAGUAAGUAAGAGCAACGAAGUGCUGCAUCUGAACUUGAAAUUAGACGCAGAGAGCCGCCGUGCUGCUGUCAGAGUGCGGGAACUUCAAGAGGAGAACGCCAGCUUGAAGGUCCCGUGUGACAGAAGCUCAGAGAUCGAGGAGCUGAGAUCCAUCAUUGAGAACUUGCGAGACAACCAGCAACGCCUGCAGAGAGAGAAGGCAGAGGAGGUGGAGCAGCUCCACGAAGUCAUCGAGAGGCUGCAGAGAGAGCUCUCGUGCGGGGGGCCCGCGGUGCACGGGGCCGAGAGGGCAGUGAAUGAUGAUCUGCAGCCUGCUGAAGCCCCGGUGUCGUUAAACCACCCGGGUCUGCACGAACAAGACAACGUGAUGGAGUCUGAGCUGCUCUCGGUGAAGAACAAGAUGCCCUUGAGAACAGAGGACCAUGGCAAAGUGCCAGGAAGGAUGAAGAAUAAGGAAAAACUACUGGAAGAUUGUCAGCUGCAGAAAGUUGGUCUCAUAAGUCAGGUGAGAGAGCUUCAAGAAAAGUUGAACCGUCUGAUGUAUUCUGUGAACUUGGAGAACAUCGAGACAGAGGAUUUCAAACAUCAGCAGCUGGUGGCAUCUUCACAUGCUUUAGAAAAUAGUUCGAGUGAUAGUUCUAGUGACGGUGAAGAAACUGGCAAAUCGACUCUUGUGGAUGCGUUUCAUAGCGACAAAACCAUGUGUGAUCUAAUUGACCUUAGUGGAAAUCAGGAUCCACUGAUAAAAAAUGAAAUGUCAAAUGUUGCCAUGGAAGAUCAGGUUGAUUUGCAGGACGGAUCACUUUGUUUACAAGCAGGCUUCCACGCUGGCUGCCAUGACCUAACCCAUAUUGAGGGGCCCGGGCCUUUGAAGAACGCACUCAGGGCAGUGGAUCUGUCCUCCUGGAGCUCCCCGGAGGUUGUCAGGAAGGACUCGACCCUUGAGCCCGUGUCCAGCCUGCCCCUGACGCCGUGCUCGGAUGCCCUGAGCUUGGACGCCUCCCUGCAGGACAGGACCGGUGCCUCGGUCCAGGCUGACCAUUUGGAGCUGCUUUGGUCCCUGGGCGGCUCAGCAGCAGGAAAGGCCUCCAGGUGGGCAGAGUCUCCAUUGGCUGUAGACAGAGCUCCCUCCGCUGACCAACAUGUGCAGCGGAUGGCUGUGGAGAAAGAUGUUGAAGACUUUAUUGUAACAUCUCUUGAUGCUCAAGAAAAGCCCAGAUCCUCUCCUCUCGGGUUUGAAGGAAAGAACAAUGGAAGUGAAAACAGUGACGCCUCGGGGUUUGCAAAGAUAGUAAACCAAGACUCGGGGAGACGUGAAACUCCCACCGCUAGCCCUCCGGUGCCUCCUCCCACCUCUGCAAGGUUCCGAUGGCCGGUGGAAGCCAUGGAGGAGAAAGAAGUGCAUCCGAAACAAGUGAAGGCUUUGCUGCAGAUGGUGUGUGAUGAGAGCCACCACAUAUUGGCCUUGUCUGAGUGCCGCGGGCCGCCCAGCGCCCUGAGCAAGGGUGAGCCGAGUGCCGCCCUUGAGCACUUCCCGAGGGAGGGCCCCGGCCUUUUGGAGGUGGUGCCGGCCCUGCGGAGACAUCCGAACCUAGUACCCCAAAAGGGAGAGAAGGACCUUCCUGGCAUGUGUCUUGAUUGGAGAGGAGAAUUUCUACAGGUUGUGCAGGAGGCAUUUGGAAAAGAGCGGGAGAUGUUGAGGGCCGAGUUGCAGCCCCAGCCCUGUGGCUCUGACCCCGGGGACCACAGCUCCCUGCUAGAGCGGCUAGAGAAGGUGGUGCAGCAGCAGGAGAAGUCCUUGGAGCACCUUCGCCUGUCAGACAGGAGCAGCUUGCUGUCCGAGAUCCAGGCUCUGCGCGCCCAGCUGCGCAUGACGCACCUGCAGAACCAGGAGAAGCUGCAGCAGCUGUGCGCGGCACUGACCAGCGCGGAGGCCCGUGGGAGCCGGCAGGAGCACCAGCUGCGCAGGCAGGUGGAGUUACUGGCAUAUAAGGUCGAGCAGGAGAAACGUAUAGCAAGCGAUGUACAGAAAACCCUGAAUGAAGAGCAAGAGAAGGCCAGCAGCGUUCGGAAGCUCUUGGUGGUGGAGCAGACCGUCGUCAGAGACUUGAGAUCUGAGCUCCACGAGUGUAAACAGGACAAUGAGAGGCUGCUGGCCUCCCUCAGUGAGGCGCAAAAGGAGGUCCUCCAGCUGAGGUCUGUGCUGGACAGUAAGGAGAGCAACCUGAAGGUGGCCCUGCAGGAGCUGGAGUGCGAGCGUGGGAAGAAGCGCGCCCUGCAGAGCCGGCUGCAGGAGGAGCAUCUGCAGCACCUGCAGAAGGAGGGCCAGAGCUCCAAGACCCUGGAGGAGUUGAGAGCGUCCUUGGAGAAGCAGUGUGCUCAGAGUAAUCGACUGUGCGUCGCAUUGAAACACGAGCAGACAGCGAAGGACAACCUUCAGAAGGAGCUGCAGAUCGAGGCCUCGCGCUGUGAGGCGCUCCUGGCGCAGGAGCGGGGCCAGCUGUCCGAGCUGCGGCGGAGCCUAGAGGCCGAGAAGGGCCGGUCGCUGGAGCUGGCCGCGGCUCUACAGCACGAGCGGCUCCUGACGGAGCAGCUGAGCCGCCUUGCACGGGACACGCCGGCGCACCACGCUGUGCUGAGGAGGCUGAAGGACGAGAAGUCCCGCGCGGUGGAGCUGCAGGCCAGGCUGGAGCAGGUGGACGUGCAGAAGCGCCGUGCGGAGCUUGAGAGGGAGAAGGAGGUAAGGGCCGCACAGACCCCCGCCGUGGAGCGCCCCCAGGCACGGGAGCCGCGGCAUGGUCUGCGGAGAGAGGGGGAGAGUUCUGCGAGGCUGGCCGCACGGGAAGGACGUGAGGACGUGAGGAGGAGAGCGGAGACGGGGCCGGGCCAGGCCGACGUGCAGAUGUGGCCGACGGGAGACAAGGAGAAACUGCGGGAAUUGGAGUUGCAGCAUCAGCGAGAUGAGCACAAGAUCCGGCAGCUUCAGCGGACGGUCCAGGCCCUGGAGGCGAAGGCGGCUGCUCGCCAGUCCCCAGAGGCUGAGCGGCUGCAGGAGGAACGGCACAGCCUGGAGAAGGUCCGGCAGCAGCUGCUGUGUGCAGCUGGGCUCCUGACCAGCUUCGUCAGCCAGAUGGUGGACAGGACAAUUAGUGAUUGGACAUCGUCGAAUGAGAAAGCAGUGAGCUCCUUACUGUGCACGUUAGAGGAGCUCAAGUCUGACCUGAGCACGCCCAGCUCCUCCCAGAAAAAGAUGACAGCAGAGCUGCAGACCCAGCUGGUGGACGUCCUCCUGAAAGACAACGACUCCCUGACGAAAGCUCUGCGCACGGUGACGCAGGAGAAGGCGGACCUGUGCCGGGCGGUGUCGCAGCUGGAGAAGUCCCUGAAGCAGCACCUGCUGAAGCGCGGCGUGUGGAGUAGGCCGGACAAGUCUGCGUGGAAGCAAGACGGGGCGGUCUCACAGAGCUCAGCGGGACAGCCAGACCCAGCACUGCCCGCACCGGCCACACGUGAGGAGGGAAACACCUGCAGCGUGCACAUGGAGAAAUUGUACCUGCAUUAUUUGAGAGCAGAAAGCUUCAGAAAAGCUCUGAUUUAUCAAAAGAAGUAUCUUUUACUAUUGAUUGGUGGAUUCCAGGACUCUGAACAAGAAACACUCUCCAUGAUCGCCCAUUUGGGAGUAUUUCCUUCCAAAGCAGAUAAGAAAAUUACCACAUCUCGCCCUUUUACGAAGUUUCGGACUGCCGUCAGGGUGGUGAUCGCGAUAUUAAGAUUACGUUUCUUGGUUAAGAAGUGGCAAGAGGUAAAUCGGAAAGGAGCCGUGGUGGCAGGCCGAGCGCCCCGUCUAGCGGUUGUGGGGGAAGGAUUCCCGGCACCACGGCAGCAGCCUCCACCCAAAAGCAGCACCUCCCCACCAACCCGGGACUUGUCCACCAGCCACGCCGGGGACCGUGUGCCCAAGGCCUCCCUGUGCAGGAGGGAGAGAUCCACUCCAUCCCCACAUUCAAGAUUAGAAAGAUCCCUGACUGCUUCUCAAGAUCCUGAACAUUCCUUGACGGAAUAUAUUCAUCAUUUAGAAAUGAUCCAGCAAAGACUGGGUGGGACGCCUUCAGAUCCUGCUUCAAAGAAAUCCUGCCGCCAGAAGAUUACACAAUGAAUAAAAUCCUUGUGGCUCUUACCUGUGACAGUUCUAUCUGAGGAAAAGAUUUGUUUUUUCCCUUUCUCCAAGGAAGGCUCAUGGCAUGGUGUGGCAGGCAGUGCCCAGUCUCCUCGCGAGCCUGAGGUGCCAGCCCCCGAGUGCCGCUCAUUAAGCAUUCUCAUCUUUUUGCAAUGCUACAAAGCCAAAUGGAGUAUCCUCUGUGUAACUUCUGUGUGUUUUAGCUCCUUCCUUCACAAGGUGGCGUGCAUGCUCAUGCGUGACGGGCGCCUGCCCUGCUCUGUGUGUGUUGGCCGAGCUGCCCUGCUCGCCUCCAGGAAGUGAGCAGAGACUUCCCUGUUGUUUAUUUUCUUAAAGUGUACAGAUGGGAAUUUGGUUUAAAAACAAAAACACACCAAAAACAAAAAGAAUAAAAUCACAGCACUAUUUUAUUUGUGAA